CUGCGGAUGGAUACAGUGUUUAAUUCUACCAGAUCUAGCUUCUUUUUUCCUCCGCUGGAAGCCAUGAUGGAAGUUUGAGAGUUCAGCUGGAGAGAGAUACCGCGAGACAAACGGAGAGAAACAACAUGAAUCCCUUCGACAAAUCUGCGGCUUGGACGCGUUAAUGAAGCGGUGUAUGAAGGUGUUGGGUGUGUGAGCGAGCUGGAGGCGGUCACACACACGCGUUUUGUGCGUUUUGUGUCGGAAAUCGCGUCGACCUUUUGCGCGGAGGAGAUGAUGAGUGUGUAGGACGGCUUUAAACGUGCAGACACACGGACACACACACACACACACACACACAAAUGCCCCUACACACGGGUUGUAAGUGCACUCGGGACUGAAACGGACGUUUUGUGGAUCCUCUUCCCCCCUAAUGAGAGGCGAUGGAGAGGUUUUCGUGCUCGGUUCUGAGGUAAAUCACGGCGGAUCUGAUGCUCUGCGUUUGGGCUCCUGGAGGAUCGGAGAGCCCUUUUCUCUCCUGGAGGAUUGGGACACUCAGGAUUUCUGCUUUUGUUUUACUCUCUACGAGCAUCCUGAUCAGCUUUAGGACACAUUUAUAAGCUCAUCUUGUUGCCCUUUCGGUGUAAUUAGUGCUAUGUCUGUGAUAGACACUGAGACAGUCAGCUUCAGGCCUGCUGUAGUCUGGACUGGAGCCCUAUUUGGGCCCUUAAAGCUUUAGGACUCUUUACACAUCAAAGCAUCUCGUUUAUAAGCUGAAAUAAUCCUUGUUUUAACAAGUGCAGCCUGCUAUAUGAAGCUUCGGUUCCCUUUAGAAGAUUCGGGCCUGUUUGGUGGAUCUCUGGCUCUACCGUAGACACACAAGGCUUCGAUAAUCCUAAUUUUUAGACCGUAGAUCUAACGGAACCCCUCGGCGGCGUGACCCGAGUCCCGGUUCGAACGUCCUGACAGACCAGAAUAAACCCGCUUUAUUCCGUAAUUCUUCGUUAACGGUGCUUCAUAUGAAUUUGAACCUUUUGCAGAAAGGAAACGGUGUAAUCCGAGACCAGGACCAUCGUUAUCACAGACUGGAAUAUCUUUUCCAUCCUGCUGCACCGGAGCAGAUCCAUCUCCAUCCUCUACGGCGUCGACUUCGAGACCGAACACGCUCCGGUCGUCGUAAGGAGAUCCGAAGAACCCGAGGAACAUCCGACACGUCCAUUUCGAAUCCAAUUUUACACGUUUAAACCUUUUUCCCAACGCCGCAAGGUUCGGAAAUCUCUACGAGGCCCGGGAUUUGACUUUAGCGUCUAAAGCUGAUCCGGAUAUUUCGUCCAGCCCCCCGGACGACGUCUUUAUGUCCGUAUUAAGCAGGUUCCUGAACUUUUUGGAUGCAGGUAUAUGCUUCACGUAACCAGUGGAGGUUGCUCUAGCAGGAUCUGCCGGAUCGGACGUCUCCGAGGCCGCGGCGUCGUACACGUGUAAAUCUAGUAAUCUGAUUUAAACUGUGCACAACAGGACAAACGACUUUUUCUAUACAGACCCGUGUUUGUAAGUAAACCGCGAUGGCGUUCAUUAAGCAGAUCGUCAGCCGAGAAAAGAGACGGUACCAAGAAGAUGGAUUCGAUCUGGACUUAACGUAUAUUUACCCCAACAUCAUCGCUAUGGGGUUUCCAGCUGAGAGACUGGAGGGAGUUUACCGCAACAAGCUAGAUGAUGUCGUACGGUUUUUGGAUUCCAAACACAGAAACCAUUACAAGAUAUAUAAUCUAUGUGCAGAACGACACUAUGAUACGGGCAAGUUCAACUGUCAGGUGGCUCAGUACCCGUUUGAAGACCACAACCCGCCUCAGCUGGAGCUCAUUAAGCCGUUCUGUGAGGAUCUCGAUCAGUGGCUCUCCGAGGACGAGAACCACGUCGCUGCCAUUCACUGCAAAGCGGGAAAAGGGCGCACAGGGGUGAUGAUCUGCGCUUAUCUGUUGCAUCGUGGGAAAUUUAUGGAGGCACAGGAAGCUCUGGAUUUCUACGGAGAAGUCAGAACCAGGGACAAGAAGGGCGUGACCAUCCCGAGUCAGCGGCGGUACGUGCACUAUUACAGCUUCCUGCUGAAAAACCAUCUGGACUACAAACCCGUGGCUCUGCUCUUCCACAAGAUGGUGUUCGAGACGCAGCCCAUGUUCAGCAGCGGCACCUGCAACCCUCAGUUUGUCGUGUACCAGCUGAAAGUGAAGAUCCACACGUCGAAUCCGUCUCACACGAGGCGAGAGGACAAACACGUUACUUUCGAGUUCCCUCAGCCGCUUCCUGUUUGUGGAGACAUCAAAGUCGAGUUCUUUCAUAAACAGAACAAGAUGCUGAAGAAGGAGAAGAUGUUCCACUUCUGGGUGAACACGUUCUUCAUCCCCGGGCCGGACGAGAGCGGAGAGCGAGUGGAGAACGGCUCGGCCAUGAACGACAGCGACAGCCACUCGUCCAAUCAGAGCCAGAGCUCUCCCUCAGAGAGGGAUCGAGGGACGGGUGGAGGGGAGAGAGAGAGAGACCGGGAGAGAGACAGAGAGAGAGAAGGAGAGAGGGACUACUUGAUCCUAGUGCUGACGAAGAACGACCUGGACAAAGCGAAUAAAGACAAAGCGAACAGAUAUUUCUCUCCUAACUUUAAGGUGAAGCUGUUCUUCACGAAGACGGUGGAUGAGACGUCAAACUCGGACGCGAGCACUUCUGCCUCCGUCACUCCGGACGUUAGUGACAAUGAGCCGGAUCAUUACCGUUAUUCGGACACGACUGACUCAGACCCUGAGAACGAACCGUUUGACGAGGAACAGCACACGCAGAUCACAAAAGUCUAAACGCUUCUCACACACACACACACACACACACACACACACACACACACACUCAGCUACCUAUAAUAGACAUGGACAUAAAAAGCCAACCAACACCAGACAAAAAAAAAAAGGAGAAAACUUGAAAAAUGUACUGAAGAGAAAAGGACCCGCCCACGUCGACCUCGCUAACCGAACCAUCACUUCUGCUCUCCUGACCAACCUCCGCUUUUAUUAUUAUUAAUUAUUAUACGAAUAUUGACGUCAUUGGCUGAGGCGAGUGGGCGUGUCCUGUAGCUACUCUGUAUAUAUAUCUAUAUAUAAAUAUAAAUAUAAAUCUAUAUAAAAAAAAAUCCAGUUUUGUGUUGGAUGAUAAAAACUUUGCAAUCAGGCGAGAAGAGGAGGAGCAGGACGGACGAAGAUGAAACCGCAGUCCUUCUUUCUUUUUUUUUCUUUCCUUCUCUUCACCCAGGCCAGUGCUGCCGUCGCCAGUCGCUCCCUCCGUCUCCUCCUCUCGCUCGCUCCCUUGUGAAACCCCACCCAUCCCAUCCCCCGUCCCUCGCUCGCUCUCCUCCCCAGGCGUGUGCUGAUCGUCAGGCGACGUAUCGCCGUGUUCCUGGCCGCGUCUCAGAUAUCGCUGUGACGCGUUCCAAAUAAUCGUAGUACACUAAAAGAGUUUAGACGACGUGGAACCCGAACGGGACACGGCAGAGAAUUGUGACGUCACGAUUAGACUUUUAUUCCUUCGGACGUAUCAAAAUGAUUUCGGUAUCUAAAUAUAUAUUGUGUAACACUGCAGUUAAUUUUUUGCCCAUGUGACGCGCACGUCAUCAGUGGGCGGAGCAUCAGCUUAUCGCUACGUCAGCACACGCCUAUUUCCCCUUACUGUGAACGCUUCUCGUGCCGUCCGCGAGCCCUUAAUACUUGACCUUCGACCCUUCUUUUCACCUUGCGCCGUGAACUAUGAAUUCUGGGAUGCGUAGUUCCUUUCCCUUUUCCUCGCUGUGUAUAACGUUAAACUUUGCAGAAAGAAGAGAAUCAUGUAAUUGUCCUUUUUUUUUUUAUCCUAAGAUAAGUCUAUAUAAAUAUAUCUAUAUACAAUACACAGAAGCGCAGGGAACCAGUGUUUGCAAUAAUGUUAACACUCAACAUUUAAAGGACAAACUGGUGUGCAUGUUAUAUUGGAGUUAGUGUACAUGUUUAAUAAAUGCUAUACAAUGUGUUUUUAUUAAA